AUGUCAAAUAAUUUAAGAGCUGAAAUUAGGAGAACUUGCCAAAAUGAAAGAAACAUGGCUAGGCGAGAAGAAAUUAAUCAUCGCCAAAACGAAAGAAAUGCGACUAGGCGAGAAGAACGUAAUCGUCGCCAAAAUGAAAGAAAUGCGACUAGGCAAGAAGAACUUAAUCGUCGCCAAAAUGAAAGAAAUGCGACUAGGCGAGAAGAACUUAAUCGUCGCCAAAAUGAAAGAAAUGCGACUAGGCGAGAAGAACUUAAUUGUCGCCAAAAUGAAAGAAAUGCGACUAGGCGUGCAUUACUUAGGUGUGGAAUGCAUUGCAUAGCAAGAAAUAAUAAUAUUAUAAAGAGGAGUUACCUUGGAGAAAUGAACCAUAUUUUUCAAUAUUGUGCUGGAAUAGCUCCUCCCUCGAAUCAUGGCCCACCAUGUUUUAGGAUUUGUGGACAAAUUAUGCACCGUGUUGGUAAUCUGAGACCUGAUCAAAAUGUUUUACCAUCUUAUUGUCAGUUAUAUGUUUAUGAUCCCAAUACUGCCUUAAAUUUUCGAAUGGAGCAAAAUGAUUGUUGCAUACGGGAGUUAAAGGAACUUUUACAGACUAUAAUUAGUCAACAGAAUCCAUACGCUCUUGCUUUCAAAAAUAUGGCACAAGUUGAAGAUGAAGAAAUGCGUCAAGCAGCUUUAGAAGGUCGCCCAACUUCAGUUGUCAAAAUGUCAUUGCUUGAAGGUCGCGAUAGGCGUCGAUACAAUCUACCUUCACACGAUGAGGUUGCCAUUGUGUUUGUAGGAGACGAUGGUGCUCCACCUCCAUCUAGAGAAGUUGUUAUACACCCUCGAGGUCAGGCCUUAAAAAAAAUAUCAAGUAUGUUUGCUAAUCUAGAUCCAAUGAUAUAUCCAAUUUUUUUUCCAAGAGGCGAUGCAGGAUGGCAUGAUCAACUAGAGCACAAUCCAGACAGAGCAACACGUGUUAGAAAUCAUGUUACUUUGUCUCAGUACAACAAUUAUAGGCUAUCUGUUAGAGAAACCUUUAGCCCUAUAUUUUAUGGUAGGAAGCUUUUUCAACAAUAUGCUGUUGAUGCAUAUGUCAAGAUUGAAGGACAACGCCUUGCCUUCAUCAGAAAUAACUAA